AUGGAGAAGGAAGUGAGACAACUUGUCGAAAUGGGCGCGACGAUUGCACAGGCGCGAGCUGCCCUCCAGAAGCAUAAAGAUGUGAUGCAAGCAGCGGAACGUAUCUUUGAUGGGAGCUUUGACCACCUACUAGACGCAGAUGGCGACGUGGAAAUGGGCAUCAGUGAGCCCACUGAGACACAGUCCAAACCUCGUAUGAUUACGCCACAUGAGGGUGAUAACGACGAAGGGGACGAGGACGACGAGGCGCUAGAAGGUGAUGAGGAUGACGAGGACGACGUGGAGGAUUUUGGUGAUUACGACUCGGACGAUGGAGGAGCAAUAGAGGCGGGUGCGAAUUCUGCCAAUGCAGACCCGUAUGCAGGCAUAUUCUUUUCGAAGGACCGGCGCGAGGAAGUAAUUGAAGUCGAGGAAGAACCGGAGGUUGCUUAUGUGCCGGAGGUGAAGGAGGAGGUAAUGCUCAUGACUCAGGGACAGUGGAUGAAAGGCUGUCCGGAGGGUGGCGAACAGAGUUUUUUGUUUGGUUUGUAUAGAGAGCUCAGCGAAGGGGAGUGCCGCUGUCCACACGGUUGUCGUGCGUCAAUUCCCAGGAAGAAGCAAGACUUCUUCUCUCUAUUUGCCGAGUUUUCUACCUAUGUCAAACAUCUUCAGACAACGGUUCUGAGGUCAUGUACGAAGUGUAGAAAGUCGUUUUGUUUUGCCUGCGGGGAGCCGAUUGCCGCCGAUCUUCCAGAACGCUCUCUACUUCCGGAGGAAGACAUUAUGCUCUUCCAUUGCUCCAACCUACAAGGUGUCAUUCUUGGUGUUGGACUUGCAAUGUUGGAGAAAUUGUACAUUGAGCAGGCGCAGGACAUUUCGAAUGGCCAAGAAAACAGAACCAGCGGUGGAAAGCGAAGAAAAGUCGAACCCGCCGUUGUGCCGAUCCAGCACGAUCUUGACGACGAUGAAGAUGAGGAUAAUUAUUAUCCUCCAGUUGUUCAAGGGAAAAAAGCGAAGCUGGGCGUAGGGUACGCCGGAGACGUGCGAGAGGAUACAUCUGGACAAGUAGAGGCUCUCGCGGCACAACGAGCCAAGGACGAGAAGCUUGCUCAGCUCCUUUCGUGUAUCCGCGUUUUCCUUCCUUCGCUGCAUCGAACUGGUGGUGGCCGGACCAGCGAUUAUCUUGUACAUCCUACCGCCCUCGCACAUCUCCGACGACGUUUUAAUUUCGUGAGCAGUCAGCUGCUGCGGAACGACUCACUCGUGGACAUGUCUGACCGAUCCGUGUUGUAUAUCGAACUGUUUGAAUGGUUAGAAACAAUUUCAUGUCACGAAGCGCUUGCUAGCAUGAUGGCGAUGCCUAUCAUGGUGGUCACUUCUGUUAAAUCCGUCGCGCCGAAGAAGACUGCCGCGAAAGGGAGCAAUAAAAUUCGCGAGCGUACUAUUAUCUAUGAGGGGAGCUCGGGUCCCCGUGAGCUUCUGGAAGCUAUUGUUAUUCAAGCGCAGGCGGCAAUGAAGGGAUUGGAAGGAUCUAAGCCUAUAGAGACUUGCAUUGAGAUGACGGAAGAGGAGAAACGGAUGACAGUUGAUGAGAAGGGCAAGGCUCGUGACUCCGGACGUCAGCUUUCAGAGGAGAACAAGAAGCUGCUGACUUUUUGCCAGCGUAUCCUCGGCACCGCAAAGGCGAUUGAUCGAUCGCUGAGCGAGACGAAGGGUGAUAUGUUUGUGACGAGGCUACAUGCAUCCCUGCCCAAGAUAUCGACGACCGGCGGCACAAACACGCCGCAGGUUCAAGCUGGAGAUACGGAAGAGAGCACGAUGAAGGCGUAUGUUGAUUGGGCCAAUCGAGUAAGGUUCGAGUAUUGUGACUUGUCGAUACCACAAUCGGAUACCCCAGCACAAGGCAACGAGGAUUCAAGUCCGCACUACAAGUUUUAUUUUAAUAACGAGGCUCGUAUGCUAGCAAAUGCUGAUAUACCAAAGCGGUCCUUGGCUAUCGCGAAAGAGCUCGCGGUACUCACAACCAAUCUACCCGUUGCAUGGAAUUCGUCAAUUUUUCUCCGGGUGGACGAAACCCGUGUCGACAUUAUCAAAGUACUGAUCACAGGACCUGAAGGUACGCCAUAUUAUAAUGGAUGCUAUCUCUUCGAUGUAUUCCUCGGGCCCAACUACAAUCAAUCUCCACCGAGUGUCAAAUAUAUGACGACGAAUGGGGGCAAGUUUCGUUUCAAUCCUAACUUGUAUGCGGAUGGAAAAGUUUGCUUGUCUCUUCUCGGAACAUGGUCGGGCCCAGGCUGGGUAGCGGGCAGGUCGACACUCCUUCAGGUUCUCAUAUCCAUUCAAUCUAUGAUUUUGUGUGAAGAACCGUAUUUGAAUGAGCCAGGUUGGGCACAAAGUGCUGGAACUCCUCAAUCGCGCGCAUAUUCAGCGAACGUGAGGCGGAUGGUCGUCCGGACUGCCAUGUUGGGCAAUUUGAAGAACCCGCCGGAACCGUUCGAAGAUGUGAUUCGGACUCACUUUCGCCUGAAGACACGCUCUAUCAUCGCACAACUCAAUGAAUGGCUUGCCCAAGAUGACGAGAAACCUAUCACUGACGGUGGUUAUGGUGGUCCUCGAACACCUGCCAGUGGAAGUUCUAACGGUUUUCAGGCCGACAUUGAGGAGUUAAAGGGCUUAUUAGCACAGUUACAGACUACUAGUGGCGGUAGCGCAGUAGCUACAUGA